CUCGCUGGGUUGUUUGCCCCCUUGCGUUUCAGCCGUGUGCUCUCACACAGUCUAAGUCGGAGCGCAACCAGACCCAGACCUGUCCUUUCCUUUCUGCUCCUGUCUCUUCGAUGCGUCUUCACGAUCCGUACCUUCUUUUCUUCAUGUAUUCACCGUGCGUUUUGCGUGCUGUGUCACCAAUCGUUUGAUACGUGCGUCUCUUCAGGUUGAUCCUCUUCUUCUGCCUUGCUAUUCUCUACUCUUUUCCUCUCAUUGAUUUCGUACCCACCAUUGCACUAGCUCAAAUGCGCCCACAUGUCUGAAUCAAGGCCAUUCGCUCACCAGAUGCAACUCUCCAUGUCGUCGUAGAUGUCGGACCCAAAUAUCACCACGUUCCAGGGGCGGAUGUGCACGAGGGUGAAGAGGCAGGUCACUACCACCGCUGCGCCAUCCAACCCGACCACCUCUACGUCUACGCCGUCGACAUCGACGUCGACUUCUACUUCUACUUCAACGUCGACUUCUACCUCGUCAACUUCCACAUCCACGUCGACGACAGCCACCGACAACGGGAGGCAGACAAAUGCCGCACAAACAACCACUCCGACAACCACUGCUACUCAGCAGAACGGCGGCUCCCCAAAUAGACAGCCACAAGAAACUACGAACCAAGUGGCCUCUACAACGUCGACCACUGCGCAAAGUGCGAAUCAGAACUCUCCUCCUGCGCAACAGCAACCAACCACUACAGUCGCGACGACGACGUCCAGCACAGACACAGCAGCUGCAGCACCUCCUAAAAACUCGACUCAGAAUCAAUCGCAGGCGCAGAAUACGCAACCCGCACAGAUCUCCAACGGGACACCCGACACACAAAAUCCCGUUCCGACCGCUCCUGCUGGUGGGGGCCAGAGACUGCCUGAUCCGGAACCCACUCCUCUCACUUCCCCGAAAGCUGGACCUACAAACAGCGCAGUGCCCGCAAAUCCAGCCGCGACGACUGCAAACUCUUCAGCAGCACAAGCUACAGCUGAGCCACAGCUAGCUGGCACAACGGCUGUAGCUCAGCCGGACUUGUCGCCCUCUCCUUUCUUGGUGACUUCCGGUGCAGAUGGCAGCACUGCAGUGCCAGCCUUCGAGUCAAUCAUAUCUCACGAACCUACGACUUCAACAACAACUUUCCUCAGCACGGCAACAAAUGGACAGGUAGCCUCCAUCACGUCGGCCGUUGUAAUUACGCCCGGAGCUCAUUCCGGGGAGGAUGGCCAUACCGAUGGUGCAGGACACUCUGACGCAAACCCCUCAGGUGGGCAGAAGAUGUCCGCCGGCGCAGUCGUGGGAUGUGUGUUUGGCGCGAUUGCUUUUGUAGCAUUUGCUUCUUUCAUCUUCAUGUGUCUUAAGCGAAGAAGAAAUGGUCACAAGAGAAACAGUGGUACCCCACUUCUGUCUUCCGGUGGCAGCAUCUCGUCCGCAAAAGCUGCAUUUGCGGCAAAAUUCGGCACCUUCUUUGAGAAGCGCCCUUCUGGAGAAAGCUUUUCCAAUGCUAAGGUGGCGAUGUCAGAGAAACUUGGCACCGUCUUUAAGCGUCGGCCUACAGGUUCAAAUUUCUCCAAUGUGAGAGCUGUGCUCUCUGAAACGUUUGAGGCUGUGUUCGCGAAGACGAAAGGAUCAGCAAGGGAAGAGACGGAGUCUAGCGUGGCUCGUAUGCCUACGCCAAAUCUCGAGCGUGGGAUGCGGGACGCAUCAUCAAGUGUGUACAGCAAGCCAGUUCGCAGCCGCUCGUCGAGUGUGCCUGUUAUGGCGCUUAAGACGAGGGCGAUGGAGUUUUUCAAGACUCGCAGAAGCCGAAGUCGAGGCCAUCUACGCAAGGAUUCCGACACCAGCUUUGUCGGCGAUAGGGUUGGGAAUGUUCCUCCUCGAUUACCAAGUCCGAUACCGCAACACCGACGCUCCGCGGCUUCUGUAUCUUCCUUCAUCCAGUCGUGGAGUGCAACAGAUGAGACGAACAAUCCUUUCCGGGAUCCUGAUCCGAACCAACCUCUCACAGUUAAGAAUCCUGACGCUUUGUCUCGAUCGAACACUCAGAAGACAAUUACCAGACUCCCUCCAAUAUUAAUGCCAGUGGCCUCGGGCGAAUCCCCUCCACUGCCAUCGUCCGAGAAUAGCUCUUCACGUUCGCCAGGCAUCCUCGCUGUCGGUUCCGGAGACGUUCCAACUAUAAAACCGCCUCAACAAGCUCGACAUAAGCGUUCGUUCUCGCAAUCGCAAAUUCAGAAUCCUUUUAAUGAUCCGGUUCCUAAAGGCCGACCUGUGUCACCGACGUCUGUCUACACAACUGCUGAUAGUGUUCUGCGACCGGAGUCCCGCCGACAUUCGAGAAACCACACCAUCUCGGUUGGGCGCCCCCUAAAACGCGAGCCAAGCAAGUCAAGUGUUGACUCUGGAUUUGUGUCCGCCACAUCUCCUGUGAACGAGAAAAAGGAGUCUGACGAUCAGAAGGGACCAGUCUCUGAUUUUGGGAGAGAAUGGCAAUUGUCUACCGUGCAGUCUUUCAGGGGUGCUAGUAGUUCCGUUCGAUCAUCAGUAUCAUCACAAGACUCACCGUUUGGUGAUGGAAAUCGCAUUUCAGGCUUCUCAAUGUUGAAUGGGCGCAAUCUGAGCUCCUCGCCUGGUCCAACCCGACCAGUCACGUCUCAAUACCCUUCAUACCUACUGGACCGACAAUCCCGCGUCUCUGAUCCCUUUGACCUAGAUCGUCCCGAAAUUCUCGGGCUCAUGAAGCCGUCAUGGACGCAGACUAUGGCCACAAACCGCACACGGGACAGUUCUGUCUCCAGAGCCCCUACCACGCCAGGAACGGCUCGCAAAAAUCCGGCUAACAAUUCUGGCUACUUCCUCAGCAGUGAUGUGUAUCGACCGGUAUGAGGGGUCUUCGAUACCAUUGGUUUCUUACUGCAAAUAUAGCUUGCAAAGUUUCGUUUCUUUUGUCGCACAAUCUUAGCGGCGACAGCUGUUUGUCUACUCCAGCAUUUUCAGUGGCGCAUGCACAAAAAAUCAUAGCUCCCAGCGUAGCCUUUACAUUUUGUGUUAUUUCCGGUAUAUCAAUGACGGCAAUUACGAAUGGGAUGGGUCGGAGAGCAUUGGGAAAUUUUGAAACGAUCACACUCGCUUGAAAUGUUAUCUACGACGUGUAUACCCUCGCUUUGCAUCGUGUUUUUUGGGCAAUGGAGAGAAAGAGAAAAAGAAGGGAAAUGUAUGUUUUUUAUUGUUAUAUGUGUGUUGUUGAAUCUCGCUGUGCGACGACGUUCUUCAGCAUCACCAUCAACUGCCAUCCGUCCCAAGCAUGAGUGGCCAAGAGGCCUGAGGGUCGAUGAUUCAGAGAGCAGGUUGGACCACAUACACAUGAGCAGGUCUUGUUGUUAUGGCUACUAUCAGUGAGGCACAAAGGGUUGAGCGUAUGUUUGAGCGGCGGCCAUGAAGUCAGGCUCGCUGAGAACGGAUAGCACCGCACUGGGGGCUUGUCAGCCUAGAAACCGUGCUUCAGAGAACAGAAAUACCAAGUGCCACACCCCUCCGAGC